ACAGGGCAGGGGCUCUAAAUUCCGCGGUGCCUCAUCUUCUCCAAAAUCCCCAUUUUUUUCAAUCCCUUGUUUUUUUAUCUUAACCUAAAGAAGCUUCUCUGGUGAUAAACCCCUGACUGAAUCAGGUAAGCAACCCAAAUGAGCUUUGUAGUCCAUUUUCACGUUUUUGCCAAAAGGAAAAAAAUAAUAACCUUCAGAUAUUUUCCAUCGAUUCUCUCAGAAAUCAAUUUCGGGUUAGCUUCUUUUGAUAAAAUUUGGGUCUUUAUCUUGCCAUGUUUAUUUGCAGAAUCAGUAGAAAAGUCUCUAAGUUGUCUAAAAUGAUCGCUAAUUUGAACAAGUUUGUUGUUUUGUCUCAUGUUGUGUAUGAUAAAUCCAAAGUUGUUCAAAACCCAUUUUCUAUCUCACUGAACGUUAGAUGUUUUAGGAGUUCUAGACUUGCUUUUAAUGCAGAAUCAUCUCUGGUUGAGUCCAUACAAUCAAGUUCUGGAAUAGCCAGUCGAGUCUCUCGGUCGGCUAAAACCGAGGCUCAGGUUGUCCUGUUUGAUUACUUGCACUCCACUAGGGGCUUUAAUUUCAUGGAUGCUGAGCAUAUAAGCAAGAACUCGCCUCAUUUUCUUCACAAUUUGUUGUCCAAGAUUGAUCCUGAGAAAGAUGUAGCAAAGUCUUUAUCUAAAUUCUUUAGAUACAAUCCUAUUAACGAGUUUGAACCGUUUCUCGAGAGUCUGGGUUUGUGCCCUGGUGAGAUAGCAUCUCUUGUUCCGCAGCGGUUGAUGUUUUUGGCGGAUGAUAGUGUCAUGCUUGACAAUUUUCGCAUUUUGUGUGACUAUGGAAUUCCUCGUAUUAAGAUGGGAAAGAUGUACAAGGAGGUCAGGGAGAUUUUCGGAUAUGAUUACGGGAUAUUGGCUUCAGAACUUCAGGCUUACGAGAAUCUGGGUCUCAGCAAACUGAUAGUUAUAAAGUUUGUUAGUUGUUGUCCGUCACUUUUGGUCGGUGGUGUGGAUUCUGACUUUGCUGCGGUUCUUGAGCGUUUCAAAGCAUUAGGAAUGAAGAAGGAUGAGAUUGGAGGGUUCGUAUCGUGUAAGGGUAUGUAUAAUUGGGGUAGAAUGCUGGACACACUCGAUUUUCUUGAGAGAGUGGGUUAUACUGAGGAGCAAUUUUGUGAUCUAUUUAAAACGAAUCCGACAUUGUUGUUUCAAGGUUCUGGAAAAAAGGUUUACGUACUAUUUGGCCGCUUACUGAAAUUAGGUCUCGAGAUGAACAAGGUUUAUUCCUUGUUUAUCCAGAACCCACAUAUCUUGUCAGUUAAUGGCACCAAAAAUCUUUGCAAGUCAUUGGAUUUCUUGUUCGAUAUUGCGAUGCAAUCCGAAGAUAUCGCACACAUAGUCUCUACACACAUGGAACUAAUGGGGUUGUAUUCUUUGAAAGGACCUAAAACAGUUUGUAGAGAGUUGAAUAUUAAGAAAGAUGAAUUGUGCCAAAUUAUAAAGGCAAAUCCUCUGAAAUGGUUCACUGUGGCUUCUAAAUCCGAGGUCCAACGCAGGAUGCAGGUAGCUCGGAAACACCCAAGUACUUAUAUUGAGAAAACAACAUUCUUACUGAGAUUAGGUUAUCUGGAAAACUCGGAUGAGAUGUUGAAAGCAUUGAAGCAGUUCCGAGGCAGAGGGGAUCAAUUGCAGGAGAGAUUUGAUUGCUUGGUAAACGCGGGUUUGGACAGCAACGUCGUCAAGAACCUAAUCAAACAUGCUCCGAUGGUGCUUAACCAAUCGAAGCAUGUACUCGAGAGGAAAAUAGAUUGCUUAAAGAAUUGGUUAGGAUACCCACUCGAAUCCGUCGUGGCAUUCCCGGCAUAUUUAUGUUACGAGAUGGAAAGAAUUAAUCAAAGAUUUUCGAUGUACGCGUGGCUAAGGGAGAGAGGAGCAGCCAAGGCGAUGUUGUCGUUAAGCACUGUCCUUGCAUGUUCGGACGCACGAUUCGUGAAGUAUUUCGUAGAAGUACAUCCUGAAGGUCCAGCCAAAUGGGAGAGUCUAAAGAAAUCAUCAUCGAAUUCAGUGUAAGUUAAUUCCAUCCAUUAUUUGUACUCAUUAUACAGUUACCAUUUCCUUUCCUUUGUUAAAUUUUCAUGGUUGGAAUGUUGGAAAUUUUGU